CCCAGGCCGGGCCGGCGCUAUAGGGCGGCUGUGACGUCGGCGCAGCCGCUCCGUCGUCUUCGCCGCCGUCGGUGCCGCGUGUCGCCUGCGCCUCCUCCGCCCAUCAGACGCUACAGUCAGGGAGCUACGAAGACGUUGGGGGGACUCUGCCCUUGAAACAGCUCCCUGAGGGUCACUGGGUAGGUCUGAUUCUCUCAAAAGAGAAAAUGUUUUCCAAACUAUCGAACUUGCGAACCCUUUCUCAGUUUCAUCGGAGUAUUCACUCAACAUUUACUUGGUCUUCAUCAUUUGCAUCCCCCCAAACCUCCCAGGGUCCUCUGUCCUCAGAGGAGGUAUAUGCUCGAGAAACUAAGUAUAGUGCCCACAACUACCAUCCUAUACCUGUAGCCCUGGAAAGAGGAAAAGGUGUAUACGUAUGGGACGUGGAAGGUAGACGCUAUUUUGACUUCCUGAGUGCCUACAGUGCCGUAAACCAAGGGCACUGCCACCCCAAAAUUGUGGAAGCCCUGACAAGGCAAGCCGAUAAAUUAACCUUAACUUCCAGAGCUUUCUAUAACAACGUAUUUGGUGAAUAUGCUGAGUAUGUCACUAAGUUGUUCCAGUAUGACAAAGUUCUUCCCAUGAAUACAGGCGUGGAAGCUGGAGAAACUGCCUGCAAAUUAGCUCGAAGAUGGGCGUACACUGUCAAGGGAGUUCCCAGAUAUAAAGCUAAGAUUGUUUUUGCGGUUGGGAACUUCUGGGGCCGAACAUUAGCUGCCAUCUCUAGUUCAUCGGAUCCAACCAGUUAUGAUGGCUUCGGCCCAUUUAUGCCAGGUUUUGAGCUCAUCCCCUACAGUGACCUGCCUGCCCUUGAGAGUGCCCUUCAGGAUCCCAACGUGGCUGCUUUCAUGGUGGAGCCGAUACAAGGGGAAGCUGGGGUCAUCGUCCCCGAUCCUGGAUACCUGUCGGGAGUCAGAGAUCUGUGCACAAAGUAUAAUGCUCUUUUUAUUGCUGAUGAAAUACAAACUGGCCUGGGCAGAACUGGCAAGUGGCUGGCUGUUGACCAUGAAAAUGUCAGGCCUGACAUUGUCCUCCUAGGAAAGGCCCUUUCUGGAGGCUUAUACCCUGUCUCAGCUGUAUUAUGUGAUGAUGAGAUCAUGUUGACCAUUAAGCCAGGGGAGCAUGGGUCAACUUAUGGAGGCAAUCCAUUGGCCUGCAGAGUGGCCACUGCAUCCUUGGAGGUUUUAGAAGAGGAAAGGUUGGCACAAAAUGCGGACCAGAUGGGUAAUAUUUUCAGAAAUGAACUGAUGAAACUGCCUUCUAACAUCGUCUCUACAGUAAGAGGAAAAGGAUUGCUGAAUGCUGUUGUUAUCAGAGAAACAAAAGAAUAUACCGCUUGGGAGGUGUGUCUUCGUCUUCGGGACAAUGGUCUUCUGGCCAAGCCCACUCAUGGCAAUAUUAUUCGCCUGGCGCCACCCCUCGUCAUCAAGGAAGAUGAGAUCCGAGAGGCCGUGGAAAUCAUCAGCAAGACCAUUUUGUCUUUCUGAGGAUUGUCUGUCUUUCUUAGUGUAGAAGAGCUGGCUACACAAUUUUGUUUUUCUGAAGAUUCUUCAUUUUGCAUUGUGUGAUUGGUAUUUGGCUCGAAGCAGGCUACAGUAUAUUUAUGUGCUGAAAGCCUCUGUUCAGGGUGAUCAUGAUUCACUCCCACAUAUCUUAAAGAACUUUUUGUUUUUAUUAGUUCACUUAGAUUAGAACAAAAAUGUAAUAAUUGCAGUUUGCUAUUUUAUUGUAAGAAUUACCUGAUCAUCUUUCUAAGCUAAAAGGCUGACACCAUGUAUGUGUGUCCAACGUCUUUCAAAUGACAGAAGUAUUAGGCCGCUGAACCUGAAACUGGGUAACAUGUGUGUUGUGCGUGUGCAUUUUUAACUUUGCCUUGGCUAGAAGGAAGGCACAAACUUUUGUCUUUGAAACCUUGAUUAUCAAGUGGAAAAUCUGCUUAACUUCAAGUGAGAAUCAAGAAAGUCCAGAAGUGUGGCCAAUUGGGGGAGAUGUUUAGUUCAUGCACUUGUUCAUUCAGUGCCUAAGACAGGAAGUCAGAAGCCGACCUGAAGCUCACCAAUGCCAGUAGCUGGGGUUUUGGGGAGGGGUCUUUAUUUGUGUGGGACUGGCCUGCCAUUGGCUGCCGUUCUGCAGCCUUUUCUGUUGCUUUGAAAUUCUGUUUACAACUAAAAAUAAAGCCUAAAAGCCUUUAA